AAGUUUCUUUCUGAUCUCCAAAAAAUACUAUAGACCUCACAGUUGUAUAAAGCAAAUAACAGGAAGUCCUCCAAUCGAAUCGGGUAAGGACAUUGAAAUAAUGUAUCUCAAAAUAUAGAAAAUACCUCUAUUGCUUCUCAAUAAGAAGCUCAAUUAAAGCUUCGUUUUGACACAAAUGUGAUAAUAUUUUAUAAAUAAAAUAAACAAAACACCAAACCAGUGUGCCCUUUUGCCCUGUUUUCCCUUAUACGCAUGUACCCGGCAUUGUUCGACGGCAAGCAUCGUUUUGUGUUCUGUUGUGAUCGCAUUUUCUCUUCUAUCCUCUCGCUCCCUCCUUCUUUCCACGUCAAAUCGAACCAUGCAAGAACACACACACACCUAUUCAUCUUGUUCUGCUGUUUUCAUUACCUGGAGAGAGUAUCACCACCAGCAACCAAACGAGAGCACUGUAGUGCGAAAGAGACAACGCUACCUUAGCGAGAGAGCGAUUUCUUUAGCAGAGACAUCGCGUCGACCACGAUGGCUUCACAGUACACGCACACAGCAGAAUCAGAGCACAAUAGUUUUAUCACUGAUAGCGCACGGAUGUGCUUUGAACGUAAUUUUCUAGGAUUCGCGCGCGAGGCUACAUCGAACUGUUUUUCCAAAUGGUUGAACAUUUCUAUCUAAGUGCAGCAGUCGUCGUGUCGUGUGAACGCGUUUCAAUGUGGUGCUAGCAAAAACGGAGGACAAAUAUGGUGAUAAAGUGAUAUCUGCGAAAUAAAACUUAUUUAAUCCACUUCUGAAUUAACGCAAUACGAUUAUUGCUUCCAUUGUCUGUAGUGUUAUUGGAGUGUCAAAAGAUUUGUUUUGUUCCUAGCAAUGUAGUGCGUGUAUUCAGUGGUUGGUGUGUGUGUGAAAAUAUAAUACGUUUGUUACCAGAAGGAUGAAAUAUUGAAGCGAAAACCAAUCCCCACGCUGUUCCGUGCUCCUUUGACAGUUUUAAUAACAAAAGAAAAAACGCCAAGGAAGAAGCAUGGUGGGUGAGAGAAAAGAAACAACAAGAAAUUUGCCAACGACGCUCCAUUAAAAUUCGGCCAUUUGGUAACCAUGUACAGUAAAGACGUAGAAUCCGGUGCUGAAACGUUUGUGCACCGUGCACAAAUGUGAUGUGUUGUAAAACGGUGGCGUGUGUUUACGGAAGUCCUUUUCCAGAUGCUUCAUGCGUUAGUAUGCGUAGAAUUUAUUUUUGAAUGAAUCUUAAAAGGAAGGUGUAGAACGUGGGGUGUUCCGGGUAGGUUUGUGGUAAUUUCAUUGAGUGAUUUAGCGGAACACUUGGCGUAAAAAGUCACAUCAAAGAACGCUGGUCCCACGGUCCCCCAGCAUCAUCAACAUCAUCAUCAUUCAACGAUAACGAACGACGAUCCGGCAAGAGAAAGCACCAAAGUGAGGCGCCAGUUGGAUGAAUUAUCUCCCACACCAGUACCGACCAGCGGUCAGUAAAGACGUUAAGACAAACACGGCAAGAACUGAACGCGCAACAGGCAGUGCCGUUUGUAAGUUCGAUGCAAUUGCUUUGGCCAGUUCGGGCGGUAGGACCAAGAUCUGUCAGUUUGAAUGGGUUUUAAAUUGGACAGAAUCAGACCGACCAAAGCACAGCAAAGAAGCGAGAAGACAAGAGCAACAUUAGUCUCCAGCACGUUAAUGUCACGAACCAAGAAGUCAUCAUCGCGAUUUAAUCGUAUCAGCUCAUUCGAUAUUUGUCCCAUGCCACAAGUAAUCAAUUUGAGUUGCAUUUGCAGUCAAUGAAUACUGCUUUCGUAGCGUUAUUUUCGUAGAUAAAAAGAGUUCCUUUCGAUCUAUUUGUGUGCAAGGAUUUAGUGUAGAUAUUGCAGAACUACAAAUACCAGAAGGGUAAUAACGCUCUACAUUUUAUCCGUUUUGUGCGAGUCCGAUAAGUGUUACGGGGAUAUCUAUCUAGCAGGAAGGCCAGUAGUUGGAACCAGUGCGGAUGCAUCGUAAAAGUAUGACGUGUGCGACCAUAAUUGCUUGAUGAUUUCCUGUCCCGAAGCGAACAUCCGGAAUGAGACAUUCUUACCACACCGAUGUCAUGGUACUCCGGUACAACCACUAUUCGCCUUGGCACUGUGCAGGAAGCUGGGAGUGAACCUUGAAGGAACAUUAUCAUCAUCUAGAACAUAUAAACAUACCAAACUCGGUGUUAAAUUAUAUAGACUACCACGUACCAUCUUGGGCAAGCAGGACGAGUGCAGGGGACUCGAAUAAAACGACAUCCCGGCGAGAAAGUUGAACGUGGUGUUAGUUAUAGGUAGUGACUGUGUCGGCGGAGUUGAGUCGGUCUCGAACCCGCAUGAACAAUUCUAUCGGUGGAAGGAAAAACGCAUCCUAACACAUCCGGCUAUCAUCAUCAUCAUGCUGCCGUUACUAAGAUAUUUCAUCCUUGCCGAAGCCCGUGAGCAGGAUAACGGUUUCUUUCGUCGGAAACAAUUGCCGACAGCUCAGCGGUCUUUCCGAAGACACCGUCAGCUGCCGGGAGAUUCGUUGUCGAAGAUGAUACCAACGUUUACACUGCUGGCAGUCCUUUGCGGUACGAUGUGCUUACUUCCAACGACACUCGCAUCUUCCCCUAACGGUGUUUAUUUUUCCAUCUCGAAGCUCCGCAUGACGCUACCUAUCUCGAAGGAAUCCUACAUCAUCUUACGCAACGAACCGAUCGUCCAGUUGCAGCUGCUAUCUUCGGGAAGCGAACUGAGAACGAACGCCAUCGACCAGCAGCACGGUUAUAGCUAUGCGAUUGAAAGUCCACCUGAUACCAAGUACCUUAAGGUGGACUCAAGCACGGGCGCUUUGUGGAUAACGUCACAGAUCUACACCAUGUCGAACGUCACCGAGUUCGUAAUCGUUGCAGUGAACUCAAGCGUUAGUUCACCAUUUGCCCACGGUGUAAUGCCAGCUGCCCGGCUCACACUCACCAUUGACCCUGUGCUGGUGGCUGAAGAUACGCUCGACAGCUUCUGCGAACAUCAUCCGGAGCGUGCAUGUUUCUGGGACACGGCACAGUACCGCGUGGCGGAAAAUGGUCCCCUGGGAUGGACGAUCGGUGCUGUGGGGCCCACAUUUUAUCGUCGUCUGUGCCCACAACAUUUACCGAAGUAUGAAAUAUUUGUUGCAACACCCGGCAACAUGAACGGUAGUAAUGAGUAUCUACUGCUGGAUCCCAACGAUGGAACACUACGAACGAAAGUAUCGUUCGAUCAUGAUACACAUGCACCAGGCCCAACGUUGCAAGCUAGCGUACGAUGCACGCUUCAACAGUUUAGCACGGAUGUCGAUGUAAAAUCUAUCAAAUCUGAGUCUCAAACCGUUGAUCGCACGAUCACUGUGAAUGUGCUUGAUCGAAACGAUAAUCUUCCUCGUUUGGAGCAAUUAAAUCGAACGGAUAGCUCAAAUCAUCACGAAGAACAGGAUGAUGUCUCCAGUUAUCAAGUGUACGUGGAUGAUCCACAUGUUAAUCAGGGUGAUACUGUAGGCUAUUUCCGGAUCAUGUUUACUGACGACGACUCUAUACCAGUAAAUACUCGUGUCCAUUACAAACUGCACGGUGACGUUAUGGAGCUGUUUCAUCCAGAUUGUGCAAUGUACGAAAAUGAGCACAAUGGUGGCCUUAAGCAGACGGUCUUCGGAUGCAAGCUAAUUUUCGCCCGUUCCGGAAUUUUGCGAAAAAGUCCCUACUGUGUCACGCUGCAGGCGGUAGACCAAACGGUGGAAUUGUCUCCGUAUGACACAGUCCAACCAGCUGCACUAUUUGCUAAUGCGUCCAUAUGUCUCACAACGAAUCUGAACCGCAUUCAUGAGUACGAUAUGCCCCGUCCGGAGGCACUAACGAGCAGUGGCAUCGUUCAUGCGACAUCCUACGGGGAAGGUAGUGGUUUCCGUGGAGAACAAAAGCCGGGUAGAAAGAAAAGCAAAAAGGAAGCUAACCCAGCGAAGAUUGUAUACCCGAAGGAAGCGAUAGUGUAUGACACCUCGCGCAAGUACGCCCGAAUUGCGGAACCCAAAUCAUUUAAGCAGCUAAUCCAGGAGAACAGUGCGGAUCAAAAUUUUCGCCUUACGAGCAACCCACUAAAUGCGUUUGGAAUAACGAAAAUUGCGGGUAUUAUCUAUCUUAAGAACGAAACCGCCUUCCAGAACAAACCAGAAAGCCGGCACGAAAUAACCGUAGCGUGGAAGAAUUACACCGUUAGCGUUCUGGUUCGACUGCGAAAGAAUCCCAAUGUGCACUGCUCUCCGGCUCCGAUCGAGCAUGCAGCGGAAGACUUUUGUGCAGCCCACCCGAACCGCACCUCCUGUGAAAGUGCGUGCGGGUUGGGAAGUUUGAUGGGCCCGUGUGAAUAUCGUGCACCUGGUACAUCAGUGUUCGAUGAACCGAAGCCUGUCGCAUGGACCGAGGACUAUCCGACCUGUUCAUCGGGUUUAUCACACUGUCCGGACGGUAUUUGUGAUCCACUGGAGGAGAUGGGACAUCGGGAAAAGAUACACAUCUGUCCGCAAGAUUGCGUGUUCAAGCAGGACAUUUUCGGUGUGCAUCAUUCGGAUAAACCGCGUGGAAUUCAAACCGCAUCCGGGCAUUGCAGUUGUCGUGCGUCUGGACACUGUAGUUGCAUCGACACAUUGCGCAUUCCAUCCUCGUACAAAAGAAAUAAAACAAUUACUACUACAUCCAGUUCGACGUCGACCACCACUACAACACCGGCGAACAUUGCGGGGGUUUCUGGAAGCGAUGUGGAAUUAGUACCGAUUUUUGGGAAAAACCACAGUGAAGGAAAGUUGAUCGAAAGUGGCGGAACUCGUCGAGAUCCGAGCGAUCGCACAGGAGAUGCACCACCGGCAGCGGUACGCGAUGGAAACUUUUAUGAAUCAGGAUUCAUAAAAGGUCCGCAUGCAUCAAUCUAUCUGAUCGCGAUCGUCCUGAUACCGAUGAUUGUGGCAGUGAUGAUUGUAUUAUAUUGCUUUAGCCGCAAGUUGACGGUGAAGAACAAACUGCUGAAUGGGAGUGGCGGCAAUGGAACUAGCGGUGGAAUGAACAGCAUCAGCAUGAAUCUCGUUAGCAAUGAUACGGAGAUUUUUAACGUUGAGCUACCGCUGACAUCGCGAUUGAAUGAGUUCAACUUCAAGAUUGACUACGACUCCAAGUGGGAAUUUCCACGCUCUAGUCUCAUGCUCGAUGCAACACUUGGUGAGGGAGAAUUCGGAAAAGUGCUAAAAGGUUUUGCGACGGACCUUCCGGAGAAACCAGGCAUUACAACCGUUGCGGUAAAGAUGCUCAAAACUGGUGCAAAUUCGGUAGAAUUGCUUGCCCUGUUGUCCGAGUAUCAGCUGCUACAGGAAGUGAAUCAUCCCAACGUGAUCCGUCUUUUAGGAGCGUGUACGAAGGGAGACACUCCGCUGCUUAUCAUUGAGUACUGUCAGUAUGGAUCGUUGAAAAACUAUCUUCGUUUAAGCCGUAAGCUGGAGGUCCUAAAUGCGGACUACGAAAACGCUGUCGAACCGAUCACGGUAAAGGACAUACUUUCGUUCGCAUGGCAGAUCAGCAAAGGAAUGGCUUAUCUAACCGACAUAAAGCUGGUACAUCGAGAUUUGGCCGCACGUAAUGUACUGCUGGCGGAGGGCAAGGUGUGCAAAAUCUCAGACUUUGGACUAACGCGUGACGUGUAUGAAGAUGAUGCGUAUCUAAAGAAAAGCAAGGAUCGAGUACCGGUCAAGUGGAUGGCACCAGAAUCGCUAGCAGAUCACAUCUACACCACCAAAAGCGAUGUGUGGGCAUUUGGUGUACUGUGCUGGGAGCUAAUAACGCUCGGUGCAUCGCCUUAUCCUGGUAUUCCGCCACAGAAUCUUUACAAUCUGCUAAAACAAGGAUACCGGAUGGAGUGUCCGAAAAAUUGUUCUGAAGAAAUAUACGGCAUAGUUCGUUCGUGUUGGGCCGAUGAUCCCAAACAACGUCCCAGCUUUAAGCAUCUCGCUGGCCAGUUCGAACAUCUGCUGGGACGCAGUGCGAAGUACAUCGAUAUGGAAAAGAAUUCUAUUUCCAAUCCGGUGUACUGUGUUAACGUCGAUGAAGUCGACUGCGCAAAGUUGACCAUUUGCAAGGAGGAACAAGACCGGCUGGAAAGUCUUUGGACGCCACCGCAAUACGAAACGAUGGACACCAUGAGUGCUGAACAUACCGGACGUUAUCAGACACCCUCGGCAAUGGCCGUAACUGCAGUGAUAGCGGAGUUGACCGAAGACAAGAAGCAGUUACUCUUACAGAGCUAUGACACACCGCGUCCACUCAUCGAAACGACCACGAUCGAACAGAAGCUUCGUUACGAAAACGAUGUACGCUUGAGGCCGAAAAAGCUGAGUAAUGCUAGCGGUUCGUCCUCAAGUUCCAACGAGGAAGAAAGCCACCACCACCACGUCCACCGUUCGUGUGGCGGUGCCGUACGAUCUUCCUCCAUCAGUCCACCUCGCUGCUUACGAAACCAUUUUGAGGAAACAUCGUUUAUAACGAGCACUCCAAUCCAAGGGGACCGAGAUACGGCCAGUAGCAGUAGUUUCAGCAACGGUAACAGUGAGUACGAUUCACCUAGCCGACAGCCACGGCGGGUCGUUUCGUACGUCGACAUGAACAAAAACAAUCGCCAUCUAAACGCGAACCUUGAGAUCAAUAACAUGAUCGACAAAAAACAGUCCAAAGAUAUUGCCUUACGAUUUUCGAACGUCGAUAACGAGCUGCAGAUGAUACUGGUGGAUCCGAUCUCUGGCUUAACGUCCAUCCAGAGCUGUCCAAAGAGUGUUUCGAUAGAAUCGCAGCUAGCCAUCUCGAAUGAAGUGCUGUUAGAGGAACAUAAAAUAACGAACAACAGUAACGCUGAGGUUCCAGUCGAGUACGCGGCAGUGAUGAAAAAACAUGCUACCAAUGGAAAGGAACCGGUAGGGCUUACACUAACCUCAACAGUUUAAUCGAUUCCUGGAGAAAUGAGGAAAUAAUGUUGUUUAAGAAGGAUCAUAUUUUUUUACAACUUUACACAUAUGUAAUAGAAACGAGUUUGGUCGCAGGUUUGUUCGUUAUAUGUUAGUGCAAAUGAAUUGCAUUUGAUUACCUUUGUGGAAUAUCGCCUUUAGGAUGGAUGCUAUCUACGACCAAGAAUAUUCAAUGCCACGUUCCAUGUUACUAUUUAUUUGAAGUUAGUAAAACAUACUAAUGAAAUUUAGUUAUUUAAAUGCUCUUGCAAAAUAGAUAGAGAACGUCAAGCUGAACAGAAUUCUGACCUUAAUUCUGAACUAUCAGACUUUGAACUUUACUUUUGUUGUACGGUAACCGUAUAUUUUUCCUUUUGUCUUACGUUUGCCCUUCAUACAUGUAUACGUUUAUUUAAUUUGGUUUGUUGUUUCGUUUGUUCUUCUUUUUCCAUGUAUAUGAUAAGGUAACAAUUUAUUCCAAGAAUGAAUUAUUAAUUCCAUUACGAUUAACAUUUGCCUUUCGGAUGAAAUUCGGUCUUCGAAAUGAUAGAAUUUAACAAAUAAAACGCGUAACAUACCAACAGGGGUCGCCAAAGAGAAUUGUUUUGGACUCGUUAAUCUAUCGCCGUACCGCUGUGUUGAUUAAUUAAUUUAUUACUAUUUCCUUACCAUUGUCAUUCCAAAGUUUUAGUCAAGUAAAAAUGAUCGCGCCAAAGGAAAUCAGGUCACUGAAGAUAAUACGAUUGAGUGCCAUUUGAGGAUGCAGCUUUUUCUCGUUAGUAUGGCACGCGAACCUAUCCCCAAAGGAAGGGAAUGCAUCGAUAACUAAUAAUAUAUAUUAUGAACGGAUAAUGUGCUAUUAAAUAUUCAUAAAUCAUUCUAGCGAUAAAUAUAUGGACACAAGCAAA